CACGACGAGAACGUCUUAAAUUCGUGUUUUUGGUUCUCGUACAAGUGGCACUCGCAAAUUUCAAAAAUUCCCAAUCGACGUAAAUUUAGUUGCGAUGAAUUGUUCGAUAGGGGCACUUCACGGUGUGAGGACUGAAUAUUUCAAUCGACUGUUUCAACGAAAAUGAAGGGAUUCGAUUUUAGAAUCAGUGUCUGCAAUAAUCGGGGCGUUUGAUUGAUUGAUCGUUCGAGGUGUUUCAACCUUCUGCAGUGUAACCUUGAGCACCUGCGAACAUUUUGAUUGGCACAAAAGUCGGUGCAUACGUAUGAAACAUUGAGGAAGACAAUGCCGCUGUCUAUUUUAAUGUCAUCGCUCAGUUAGAGCCCCUAUUGGCAGUUUAUUGGAUUCCUCCGGGGAAAAUAAACCCACCGCUUGUCAAGUGACAUUUCGAGUGAACACAAAGGAGAAUCACCGGAACUUUUGUUAACGGAAUAAUUACGACGAAUGGAAAAUUCUACUGUUUAAUGCAUUGCGGGGGAUAAUAGAGUCGGGAAAGUUCAAGUGAAAAAGGGAAGAAUCAAGGUCGUGGGAAGAGCCGCUCAGUCUUAUACCUCAUUGGCUUAUUUUUUCAUAAAUAAUUUAGAAUUGUGGGGGAAAGGGGAGCAUCUGCUCCCACGUAAUAGCACUCGAUUCUUCAUUUUUUCUUUUACCUCUUGGUUAUACACCGCUGAUCGAUGUCGAUUACACACGACGAAGGAUUCGACGAGAGUGUCGUCGCGAGGGAGGACAACGUCCUUCGCUUGCAGUUGGCGUUACCGGUUAUACGUAAUGAGUCACUGCUACCACCGUCACCCGGGCACCUACCUGGAUGCAGUCCAAGUUACUUCACGUGCAGUUCACCGUUUCCAUUUAAAGAGAAUAUCGUCGAUGACACGCUCCUGCAGGAGAACGAGAUACAGCAAAAGCACAGUCGUCGGGUAAGCACGAGUUUCCUCCCCCGAAUUAUCGAGCCAACGAGCCCAUCGAAAUCCCAAUUAAGUGACUUGGUACGUUCGAUCGAAACACCUGACGUCUCGCUGGCAUCGACUUCCGGCUCUCGGGGUAGCACUCCGCGUCGAUCAUCCACUGAGGACGACGUAGUUGUAGGCCCACUCCGAGACGAAAUGCCUCUGGAUGUGGCGAAACUCGAGGCUGGACUGGAGGCUGCGAAUAUAGUGGGGCGAGAACUUUUGUACCAACCGGAGAAGAAUGGAUUGAGGCGGGCGGAUGAUAAGGGGGCGAGUCCGAGGCCCAAGAAGACUUCCGCAGCGUCAAUUUUUCCGGUUGCGGCCGGACUCGUCGCCGUUCGAGACGCAUUCGGUCCAAAAUUAACCCCGGCGAUAUCGGCCGCGAACUCUCUUCCUGAGAGUCCAUCGCCUGAAGAAGACACAUUCAACCCUGAGGAUCCGUCAAAACCGCCGAAUAAACAGAAUGGAGUUGCUGGGGAUGGAGGCGACAGUGAAAGUGACCCCGAGACACUCUUCUUCAGGGACGGGCGAAGGCGUAUUGACAUGGUUCUGGUUUACCAGGAGGAGACAGAGGGAGUAAUGACGGAAAUUGAAUCCAAACGAAGGGAGCAGAGGAGAAUUUUCCAAGAGAAUUUGCUCAAGGAGGGCCUGCAAAUGGAACUAGAGCCCAAGGAGAAUUCCUUCGAUGGAAAAACAUUCUUCCUGAAGAUUCACAUACCCUGGAAAAUUAAAGUGCAAUACGCUGAAGUUAUGAACCUCAAACUAUUGACUAAAAGAUUCAUAACAAUCAGUGUUAAGGCGUGGGGGGACGAUGGGACCAAAAUAAAGAAGAAAUUUUGGGAGAAGUGGACGAGCUUGGUGAACUUCCUCCAGAAAUUUCACAUGUGGGACACGAGCCUCUACCCGGAAGAGCCCAACUUCUACGCGACUCACGAUUCCGGCGACAGGGAGGAAAGAUUCCUCGUAAAGGACAGGGAGACGGCGUAUACACCGGCCCAAAGGUCGCUAAUCGUUUAUCAGAUUUUAAUGCGCGCCAGGUACGACGAGACCCACGAAAAAGCGGGAAUCAGACGAUUAAUUGCUGAUGGAUCUUAUCUGGACUGUUUUUGCCUCCACGAGGGGCCCUACAAUCGGCCUGGGCCCGAUGGCGUCCCCCUUGAUCGCCAUUUACUCUACUUGAUUUGGGCGCGACCCUCUCAGUGGUACAAAAAGCAGCCCCUCUGGCUAAUCCGGCGCUACUUCGGUGAAAAAGUGGCCCUGUACUACGCCUGGUUGGGUUUCUACACUCGCUCUCUCUACCUCCCAGCAAUAGUCGGUCUCCUGUGCUUCGUCUACGGCCUGAGCACGAUGGAGAGUGACGACAACACUCCCAGCCAAGAAAUCUGCGAUCCCGAGAAGGCAGGGAACAUCACUCUGUGUCCCCUGUGCGACAAAGCCUGCUCCUACAGAAGGCUCAAGGAAUCCUGUCUCUUCUCGCGUCUCACCUACCUCUUCGACAACCCAGCGACCGUCUUCUUCGCCAUCUUCAUGUCCUUCUGGGCGACGAGUUUCCUCGAGCUCUGGAAGCGGCGACAGGCAGUGAUCGUCUGGGAGUGGGACCUGCAGAACGUCGACGGCGACGAGGAGCCCAGGCCGGAGUUCGAGACGUCUGUCAAAACCUUCAGGAUCAAUCCAGUCACCAGGGAGAGGGAGGCCUACAUGCCAGCUUACUCCAGGAUCUGGAGAUACUGCGUCACAGGAUCCCUCGUUGUCUUCAUGAUAUGCGUCGUCCUGGGGGCCGUCCUGGGGACAAUCAUCUACAGAAUUUCCCUCGUCGCUGUGUUCUACUCCGGCGGCGGGUUCUUCUUCGAAAAGCACGCGAAAAUAUUCACCUCCAUGACAGCUGCCCUCAUCAACUUGAUAAUCAUCAUGAUCCUCACGAGGAUCUACCAGAGACUGGCCAAGUGGAUGGUGAACAUGGAGAACCCGAGAACCCAGACGGAGUACGAGGACUCCUUCACCUUCAAAAUCUUCUUCUUCGAGUUCGUUAAUUUCUACUCUUCCCUGAUCUACAUCGCCUUCUUCAAGGGACGGUUCUACGCGCAUCCUGGUGACGCCGACGCGCGAUCCUCCGAGUUCUUGAGGAUAAAGACCGACGUUUGCGAUCCCGCUGGAUGCCUCUCGGAAUUGUGCAUCCAACUCGCGAUCAUCAUGGUUGGUAAACAGUGCUUCAAUAAUUUCAUGGAGAUUCUAUCGCCGAAGAUGGUGAACUGGUGGAGAAAGAGGACUCACGUUGCUGCAACCAAGGACCACGAGAGGCCAUACACCUACUGGGAGCAGGAUUACCAGCUCCAGGAUCCCGGGCGAUUGGCCCUCUUCGACGAAUACCUGGAGAUGAUCCUCCAGUAUGGCUUCGUCACGCUUUUCGUCGCUGCAUUCCCCCUGGCACCGCUGUUCGCACUCUUGAAUAACAUCGGGGAGAUUCGGCUGGACGCCUACAAGAUGGUGAAGGAGGCGAGGAGACCUCUGGCCGAGAGAGUCGAGGACAUUGGCGCAUGGUAUGGGAUACUGAAGGGCGUCACUUAUGCUGCUGUCGUCUCGAAUGCUUUCGUCAUCUCUUACACCUCGGACUUCAUACCCCGAAGUGUUUACACUUAUGUUUAUUCCCCCACUGGGGACCUCCAGGGCUACAUAGAUCACUCACUGUCGGAGUUCAACACCUCCCACUACCGGGAGGACAUGAUCAGCGACAGGAAUGGACCCCCCACGUGCCAAUACAGGGGCUACAGGAAUGGCCCUGAUCACCCUGAUGCUUAUGGCCUCAGUCCGCAGUAUUGGCACGUGUUUGCUUCUAGAUUAGUUUUCGUUGUGUGUUUCGAGCACAUGGUCUUCGCGCUGACUGGACUCAUGAGUUAUGUCAUACCAGAGACACCCUCGGCCGUCUCCACCCAGCUUGCCAGGGAGAAACUCCUGGCGCAAGAGGCCAAGUACGAGAAGGGCGUCAAGGGGAGGGAGGAUGAGGACGAAUUGCUGGCGGUUCUCAGGGAGGCCGGCACCUUCGGCAGACCUGGGGCGCGUCGAGGGAGCUGGGCCAGGCGGUUCUCCAAACUCAGUGACACACUUGAUGCACACAUCGAUGUGGCGGUCAGGCAACAGAGGGCUAGUGAUGCGUCUACCGUGUGGGAGUCCUCCACCCACAUUUCGUGAAUUCGGGGGAGAAUGAUGCAAACUGCUGCCAAAAUAUAUUAGAGAAUUAAAACAGCGUACGAAUGAAUUUUAUUGGAAAAGCUGUUGGAUUUCUGGUGAAUUUUCUAGGAGUUGACAGAUUAAUAUUUUUCAAUAAGAGAAAAACGAUUGAAUUUUCAAACGAAUUCACUGGGGUUCUCCGUGAAAUUUUUUCGUGCAUGCUGUUGUUUAAGACUGUAAAGUAAAAUUACUAGUCAUGGGGGGAGGGUUCAGGGGUCGUUUGAUAGCCUUCCUGUCGGAGACGAGCUCGUAUCCCCGUACAAAUGAAAAUUCGUUAUUCGUAUGAUUUUUUUUACCUUCAUCCCAGUUUUUAAUUGGAAUCCGAGAUUCUCUCCUUCGAUUCUCUUGGUUGACUGCUGCUGAGAGAUGAGAUAAUUAAGUAUUAAUUUUGUAAUGAGGACUGACAAGAUACACUCGCGUACACCCCCGAACUAUUGCUAUUCUUACUAUUCACCACUGUUGCAUUUGACUAUUUAUAAAUGAAUCAUUUGUAUUACGUUAUUAAAAAAUACAUGAGAUAAUUGGUGUGAAUUUUGUGUGCUGUGGCUAACGAUAGGAAUCAUGAUUUUACGAAUGAAUUUUUAGCAACUCGUUAUGAUACACGAUUAAACUUUUAUUAUGGUUUUCUUUUCCACUCUGAUCGCUGUAUAGACAACUGAUAUUAAUUCGAUUAUACAAUAUUUACAAUAAAUCAUAAAAUUUACAUA